AGCAACCACAGUAGCGAAGAACUGAAAAUGAGUUCGACGAGCAGAGCUUGGAUCGUGGCUGCAAGCGUUGGGGCUGUCGAAGCACUGAAGGAUCAAGGGUUCUGUAGAUGGAAUUAUGCCUUCCGAUCUUUCCAUCAACAUGCCAAGAACAAUUGCAGAUCUCUAUCUCAAGCCAACAGAUUUCCCUCUUCUUCCUCUUCUGCAAUGGCGAUGUCUAAUAAGGUGGUUCCGAGUGAUGAGAAAAUUAAGCAAUCGGAAGAAUCUUUUAGAAAAGUUAUGUACUUGAGUUGCUGGGGUCCCAAUUGAGGAACUCCAAAUCUCUCCACUCCAGAGCUGUAUUACUCCUAUUUCGUCCAUUCUGUAAAUACUAAUUGAGCGAACAUUGGUUUGAUUAUAGAGGAUAAAGUAAAAAAGAUCUAAAAUCAUU